ACGGCCACAGAAGAUAUAAUAUAACUAUAUAAUUAAGUUUUGCCACAUGAAUAUUGUCCAUGCCCUAUAAUUAACCAGAAAGUUCUUAGUGUGUGAGCUUCAACCAUGGACCCAAGAAUCUCCUUCUCCUAUGAUUUUGUGGUUCCCCAACAGGCAAUCAAGCAUGAAAACAUUUACAGAGAAGAUCCCGUCUCUUCAGAUUUUGAAUUCUCUGUCAAGAACAAUUCCAUGAUAUCAGCAGAUGAAGUCUUUUUCCAAGGUAUGUUGUUGCCUCAGAAGAGUGAUGACUGCUCCAAGAAGGUCACCUUAAGGGAUGAGUUGCUUGUUAAUGAUGAUGAUGAGUUACCAAGAUUACCAAAGGGUUCAAGCCGGUGGAAGGAGCGAUUAGGACUCAGGAGGGUUUCAUCUAAUAAGAAAGAUAAGAACAAGAAUCAUGGUUUUCAUCAGAGAGUUGCUGAUGAAAAAGGGUUUACUAUUGGACAAGGAGACAAGACUGUUAGCAAAGACAAUAUGGCCUAGGAAUUGUUUUAUGAAGGUGGUGUAUAAGUUGUAGGGGCAAGUGAACUUUAUAGGAGCAUGCAGCAUUCAUUCUCAAGUAGGGGAUGGUGGUUUCUACUAAUAUCUAAAGACAUUAAUUGUUAGAAUUUUGGGCUGACUACUUUUUCAACAGUUAAGUUAAAUUUAACCUAGUUAAUUAUUAUGUUCCCCAUCUUUGUAGUAGUAAAACGGUAGUACCUCGAGCAUUUUUAUCUUUGUACAAAAAUUUGUAGUUGAAGAAUUUCCAUGAGUCUAUGAGUGUUUUUCUGUGUAGUACAUCAGGUAGUUGUGUUGUGACCCUUGUUCGAUAUAUAGUGAAUUGCUAGUUGUUAUUAUUAUUAGUCCCUGUGUAGUUUGUCAAACAUCUUAUUCCCUUUAUAUAUACUACUU